UCAAUACAUUCGCAUAAAUAUUUUCUUUCGUAUUUUUUUUUUGUCACAGACAAAAUACAAAAAAAAACUUUGUGCUAUUGGUUUUUCCUAAAUCGAUUACACGAAAGAAAACGGCAUUGAUAUUCGUUUGACACAUAAAUUCCGUUUCACAUCAGUUGCAUCAAAUACUUACAAGUGAAUAGCGAAAAAGAUGAUAAUCAAUUUUGUGAAUCUGUCCAGAAUUUUCCUGCUGUUGUUCGGUUUAAGUAUACACCAAUCGAAAUCAGAUUCUAUUCGCAAUGGAAUAAUAAUGAAUGGUGCUAACGAGACAGUUGAUGGUUCAAUUGAUAAAAGUGCCGUACAACAGCCAAGUGUCGACGAUGUCAUUGGCAACGGUAGCACUCAACCAUCAAAUAUGUUGGAUGCGAAAAGCGAAAUUUCAAUCGAUCAACAUUUGGAGCAAUAUUUGGCCAAUCAUGCAGGUGCAACAGUUUUGCGGCCGGAAAAAAAGGAUGACACAAGUGAACUAAAAACUAUUAGUUUCAACGGUCGGCAGGACAUCAAGUUUGUUAUCCAUUUGUUGGAUAUAAAUAAAUACACAAAUUAUAUGCAAAUUAGUUUCACAUCUGCUCAAGCAACCAAACAAAUUUAUAAUUUUACCGAAAUUAUUAAGCCGACAACAAUGAAAAUAAUCACAUUCAGCGAUAUUCAGAAGUUGGAGAUUUUUUUGGAGUUUGGAAAAAGUGAAUUCAGCCGUUAUCAAGGCUAUGUGAUAACAUAUGAAUUAUAUGAUAAAAAUACACCUGAGGGCAAUGGUAGUGCAGUCAUGCAACUGCAUCCAUUGGACAAACUAAGCGUUCUAAUUGAAGUGCCCGAAUCAAAGCAAGUCAAUGAGACUUGGAUGCAAUUUCGAGCAUUACUAGCAACCAGCACCAAUAAGUACAUUGAUUCUACUGGAAUGAAUGUAGAAACAAAAUGCAGUGUAGAUAAUGUUACAUUUGACAACGUGUCUACAUGUAAAGCAGCAUGGUCGAACGCGCAAAAAUGUAUUGAGAUUGAUUUUUCAAUUCGAUUGAAAGCAAAAAAUGAUCCAACCAUAAAAGAAAUGAACGAUAUGAAUAGAGAAUUUAACAUGAAUCGCGACGAAUUAUUUCAAAUGUGGAUUGAAUUUGGACGACAAGAAUUUGCUGAUAAUGGAUAUAAUGAAUUUCCAGUGCCCGAUUCAAAAAAAUUAUUGCUGCUAUGGACGACAGUGAGUUUGGUAACUAUUGCAGCAUUUUUAAUGGUUCUAACUGCAAUUUGGAAAAUGGAUGUAUUACGCGACUAUCGUCGAAUGUACUGGAAAAGUGGUGACGACGAAAAACAAAUAUGCAAAUCGUCCGAUGGCACAAUGUAUCCACCUGUACACCAAACGGUUCCCACACUCUUUCCAAAUGAUCUGUCCGCACCAUGUAGUACAUCGAACGCCAUUCCAUUCGAUUUCGUAAGCAAACCAAUCUCGUAUAGUAUCAACGAUUUUAAGAGACGUUCAUCGAUUGCAGAAUCACUUAAUCCGAAUGGCACCAAUGCGAAACGGAAAGCCGGUAAAGUGCCAUUUCAAAGCGAUACAGAUUUCAGUGAAUCGAAACAAGAUCGACCGGAAGACGAAGUAUACUUCAGUAACUCCGAUUCAACAUCACCACGGUUAGUAAAUUAAGCAAGAGACAUCGUAAGAAGAAUAACAACAGCAAUAACAAAAAAAAACGCUUCAAGUCGCAACGUGAUUUUGUUUUUGUUUCCAAAUCGAUUUAUUCAAUCCAUCAAAGCCAAACUAAAUAGAAGUGAUUAAAAAGAAUGUGUGUGUUUUGUUUCAACAGUCCCAUAUAAUGUUUAUUCAAUGUAAAAAAAAAACUUUCAAAUGAAUAAAGGAGUUAAAUAAAGGAUAUUAGAUUUAAUCUGAA